ACUUCGACACUGUCCUAUCCCCCCUCCCAGUCCAGGAACUCCCCACAUACGUUCAGGACACCACCCACACCCUCCACCUCCUCCAAGACUUCCGUUUCCCCAGCCCUCAACGUCUCAUCUUCACCAUGAAUAUCCAAUCCCUCUACACCUCCAUUCGCCCAUGGCCAGGACCUCCAAGCCCUCUGUUUCUUCCUCUCCCGAGGUCCCCAACAGUAUCCUUCCACCGACACACUCAUUCAUCUGGCCAAACUGGUCCUCACCCUUAACAAUUUCUCCUUCGAAUCCUCCCACUUCCUCCAGACCAAAGGGGUAGCCAUGGGCACCCAUAUGGGCCCCAGCAAUGCCCGUCUCUGUUGGCUAUGUAGAAAAGACCAUCUUCCGUAAAUAAACCGGCACCACUCCCCACCUCUUCCUCCGCUACAUUCAUGACUGCAUUGGCGCCAUCUCGUGCUCCCGCGAGGAGGUUGAGCAAACUUCACCGACACAUUCCACCCUGACCUUAAAUUUACCUGGACCAUCUGACACCUCCCUCCUCUUCCUGGACCUCUCCAUCUCCAUUAAUGACGACCGACUUGACACUGGCAUUUUAUAAACCCACCGACUCCCACAGCUACCUGGACUACACCUCUUCCCACCCUACCUCCUGCAAAAAUGCCAUCCCGUAUUCCCAAUUGUUUUGCCUCCGCCGUAUCUGCUCCCAGGAGGUCCAGUUCCACCACAGAACACACCAGAUGGCGGCCUCCUUCAGAUACCGCAAUUUCCCUUCCCACGUGGUUAAAGAUGCCCUCCAGCGCAUCUUGUCCACAUCCUGCACCUCUGCCCUCAGACCCCACCCCUCAACCGUAACAAGGACAGAACGCCCCUGGUGCUCACCUUCCACCCUACCAACCUUCGCAUAAGCCAAAUUAUCCGCCGACAUUUCUGCCACUUCCAAACAGACCUCACCACCAAGGAUAUAUUUCCCUCCCCAUCCCUUUCCACCUUCUGCAAAGACCGUUCCCUCUGUGACUACCUGGUCAGGUCCAUGCCCCCCUACAACCCACCCUCCCAUCCUGACACCUUCCCCUGCCUUUGUCCCACUAUUUUGCGGGAAUUGCAAAAUCUGCGUCCUCACCUCCAUCCAAGGCCCUAAAGGAGCCUUCCACACCCAUCAAAGUUUUACCUGCACAUCCACCAAUAUCCUUUCUUGUAUCCAUUGCUCCAGAUGCUGUCUCCUAUACAUUGGGGAGACUGGACACCUAGCAGAGCGCUUUAGGGAACAUCUCUGGGACACCCGCACCAAUCAACCACACCGCCCUGUGGCCCAACAUUUCAAAACCCCCUCCCACUCUGCGAGGACAUGGAGAUCCUGGGCCUCCUUCAUCGCUGCUCCCUCACCACCAGACACCUGGAGGAAGAAUGCCUCAUCUUCCGCCUCGGAACACUUCAACCCCAGGGCAUCAAUGUAGACUUCCAACAAUUUCCUCAUUUCCCCUUCCCCCACCUCACCCCAGUUCCAAACUUCCAGCUCAGCACUGUCCCCAUGACUUGUCCUACCUCUCUAUCUUCUUUUCCACCUAUCCACUGCACCACCCCUCCCCCCAUACCUAUCACUUUCUUCCCACCCCCACUCACCUGUUGUACUCUAUGCUACUUUCUCCACACCCCCACCCUACUCUCAUUUAUCUCUCCACCCUUCAAGAUCUCUGCCUGUAUUCCUGAUGAAGGGCUUUUGCCCAAAAUGUCGAUUUUCCUGCUCCUCAGAUGCUGUCUGAACUGCUGUGUUUUUCCAGCACCAGUCUAACCUAGACUCUGGUUUCCAGCGUCUGCAGUCAUUGUUUUUACCGAGAGGAGACAGUGAGACAGGGGAGGAUUGGAAACCGCGGGAGGAGGGAGACUGGGGAGUUUAUCAACUCCUAGGGGAGGCCUGAGGCCGUGAAUAAAAGCUCCACAGGCCCAGUGUUUACUUUGUUUAAGGAAGGACCUCUGGGGGCAACCGGUCGCCAUAUUCGUGAGGGUAAUAAGGUGAAAGGGAAUAAUGGACAAAGCGAUGAAAACAAUGCUGACUCUAAUUCAGCAAAGUAUUUGAAGAUCUGAAGACUGAAGUUUAAAAAUCAACAGAUGAAGGGCCUAUGCCUGAAUCGUCGAUUCUCCUGCUGUUUGGAUGCUGCCUGAUCUGCUGUGCUGUUCCAGCACCGCACUUUUCAACUCCUCUCCAGCCUCUGCAGUCCCCACUUUCACAUCAAUGUCUGACAGUCACUCAAUCCAUCGGGACCUCAACGAUUUUCAACUAUGAUUCUGUGAGAAGGAGCAAAACAUUUUGGUUCCUGUUUCAGACCAUUUUCAGCAUCAGCGGGACUGGAUGAGAGUCUCUACUGUUACAGCGCACUUUGUGUAAAGCCUGAAACAGUUAUACGGCCAGGAAAGAGGAAUUUACUGUGGGCAGGGGCCAUACAUGGGGCUGUAGCUGCGGCCAUGGUGAAACCAGAGGAAUCCCACACUGUGGAGAAACCGUGGAAGUGUUGCGACUGUGGGAGAGGCUUCCAUGCCCCAUCUGUCCUGGAGAUUCAUCGGCGAACUCACACCGGGGAGAGGCCAUUCUCCUGCCCCGAGUGCGGGAAAGGCUUUACCUGCUCCUCCCACCUGCUGGACCACCGCCGAGUCCACACUGGGGAGAAGCCAUUCUCCUGCCCUGAGUGUGGGAAGGGCUUCACCUACUCCUCCCACCUGCUGGCCCACCAGCGUGUCCACACUGGGGAAAGGCCCUUCCCCUGCUCUGAGUGUGGGAAGGCCUUCAGCAAAUCCUCGGACCUGCUGAAGCACCAACGGGUCCACAGAGGGGAGAGGCCAUUCAGCUGCCCUGAGUGCGGGAAGGCUUUCAGUGAUUCCUCUACCCUGCUGAGGCACCAGUGGGUCCACAUCGGGAAAAGGCCGUUCUCGUGCCCUGAGUGCAGGAAGGGCUUCACCCGCUCUUCCGCUCUGCUGACCCAUCUGCGGGUCCACACGGGUGAGAAGCCCUUUAGCUGCCCUGAGUGCAGGAUGGCCUUCAGCAGGUCUUCCCACCUGCUGAGGCACCAGCGAGUCCACACUGGGGAGAGGCCGUACUCCUGCCUCCAGUGCGGAAAGUGCUUUACCCAGCCCUCCAACCUGCUGACCCACCAGCGGAUCCACACCUGCGAGAGACCGUUCUCCUGCCCCGAGUGCGGGAAGGGUUUUGCUGUUUCCUCCCACCUCGUGGCCCACCGGCGGGUCCACACGGGGGAGAGGCCAUUCAGCUGCCCCGAGUGCGGGAAGGCCUUCAGCAAUUCCUCUGCCCUGCUUAGGCACCAGCGCAUUCACACCGGAGAGAAGCCGUUCUCCUGCCCAGAGUGCGGGAAGGGCUUUACCCGCUCCUCCACACUGCUGACCCACCAGCGGGUCCACACAGGGGAGAGGCCAUUCAGCUGCCCUGAGUGCAGGAAGGCCUUCAGCGAUUCCUCUGCUCUGCUGAAGCACCAGCGAGUCCACACCGGGGAGAGGCCCUUCAGCUGCCCUGAGUGCGGGAAGAGGUUUACAUUUUCCCGCAACUUGCGGAAGCACCAGCGGGGGCACCAGCACUCUCAACAAUCAGAUUCCACCACUGACACUGCUGUGAGUCCCCCCCAGGACUGAUUCUCCUGACAGUGGGUGCAGUGGGAGAGUUGGUGCAAUGUAUUUGUUUUCCGUUGGACUGCAACCCCACGGUGGCUCAGGGGUGGCAUGGUGACUCAGUGAUUAGCAUUGCUGCCUCAUGGCACCAGGAACCAAGGAUCAAUUCCACCCUUGGGGCAACUGUCUGUGUGGAGUUUGUGGAGGGUAGGAGAAUGGAUGAGAUAAGAAACCGCUGCCUGCCUUGAGACAAGUCUCCUGGAGAGAACUUGCUGACUGAUUGUCUGAUCUACUGAUCCUCACAGUGCCCCAUUGCCCUCAGUUAACUGGAGGAAGUCCACACAGAUGUACCGAAGCCCCUCUUUGGACUGUGGAAGGAAACCUGUGCAGACAGGGAAAACAUGCAAACUCCACACAAACAGUUACCUGAGGCUGGAAUUGAACUUGGGUCCCUUAUGCUGUGAGGUAGCAAUGCUAAGCAGUGUGCUACCCCCCAAUAUGUUAUAAAAUUUGAAUAAACCUACUAAGUUGGAAA